AUUAUUUUAUGUUAUUUGCGAAGGACGUUUCAAAUACAUUUGUACCAUGGACAAUAAAGAAGUGAUAGAAGUUGAUUCAGAGGACAAGAACAUGCUUCAUUGCAGUCCGGACACAGAUGUUCCAGAGGACGGAGAUGAUGUCUCUGUAGCCAGUGAUGGGUCCCUGACGCUGACUGAAGAUUUCCUGGAGAUGACUCCCUCCCUCCUGGAUGAAGAGAGAUCUCUCUCCAGCCCCCCCACUGUCAUGAGCCCUGAAACCCUGAAGGUCAUCAUCAAGGGCACCAUGUGGCGAACGUAUGCCAGAGAGUGCCCGCACACCAGCAGGGCCACCGAGCCAUUCGGUCUAAUGAAGAAUCUCCUGGUGGAGGUCAAGCGUGCCCUGGAGCACUUUGGAAUCUAUGUCUGCUUAGUGGAAGACAGCGUUGAGUUCAGUGAGGUGAACGCAGUGGAGGACAUUGUGGAAGUUGCGUCAAAAAGGAUGUCUUUGCGUUCACACGGCAACCUUGCUCAACUGCAUGCCGCAUGUCGCGGUGACAUGGGAGCCGUAUGUUCAAUGGCAAACACCUUUGCACUGGUCAUCCAUAACUACGUCAUGCACUAUUGGAGUAGCUUUUUAGUUCGUAGUGGCCAGUCAAGCACUUCAACAGAAGUCCUGGAAGAGGACCAAGAGACGACACCCACUGACAAGCAGAGAUGGAACUCUGCCGGCUCGGCGCCUCAGAUGUCCUCAGAACGCAAACGGAGAUGGAAAGCUGCCGGAUUGGGGCCUCAGACGUCUUCCCGCCUCAACCAGAGAAGUAAGUCUGCUGGCUCAGAUCAGUGCAGCAGAGGCUGUCUCUCCACCAACCGUUUCGGCAGCACCUCCACGCAGGAAAGAAAUCCUCCAGUAACUGGUGUCAAGGCUGAUAGGAAGUCAGGAAUGGGGAAACUAAGAAAGAUCUUGUUUCGAAAGAAGAAUAAGGUGUUUCCUUUAUGUACUACUGGUCCUGUAGCUGUCAACGAACCUGAGGAAGAACCUGAGGAAGAACCUGAGGAAGAACCUGAGGAAGAACCUGAGGAAGAACCUGAGGAAGAACAGUCUCUCCUGAAGAGGUUCAAAAAUGGACUGGCAAAGAUAUUUUGCUUCCCGUGCAGGAACAGAAGCAAAAACUAACACCCAGCCCACACAAACUCCAUAGUCCCCAAUUCCAAAAUAAAUACAAUGACUUUCAUCUGUAUAAUU